AUGUUCAAGGUUUCUGCCAGAUCUUUCUCUGCCUCCGCUUCCAACGCCUACAAGGUUGCCGUGCUCGGUGCCGGUGGUGGAAUUGGCCAGCCAUUGUCGCUUUUGUUGAAGUUGAACCACAAGGUUACUGACUUGGCCCUUUACGACUUGAAGGGCGCCCCAGGUGUUGCUGCCGAUGUUUCCCACGUCCCAACCAACUCCACCGUCAAGGGCUACAACCCUGACUCUUUGGAGCAGGCCUUGUCUGGCUCUGACGUUAUCGUUAUCCCAGCUGGUGUCCCAAGAAAGCCAGGUAUGACCAGAGACGACUUGUUCAACACCAACGCCUCCAUUGUCAGAGACUUGGCCAAGGCUGCUGCUGACUACGCUCCAAACGCCUCCCUCUGUAUCAUUUCCAACCCAGUCAACUCCACCGUGCCAAUUGUCGCUGAGGUGCUCAAGUCUAAGGGUGUGUACAACCCCAAGAAGUUGUUUGGUGUCACCACCUUGGACGUCUUGAGAGCCUCCAGAUUCGCCUCUGAGGUUGCCGGUACCAACCCUGUCAACGAGAAGAUCACCGUUGUCGGCGGUCACUCUGGUGUCACCAUUGUCCCAUUGUUGUCUCAGACCAACCACAAGAGCUUGGACGCUGAGACCAGAGACGCCUUGGUCCACAGAAUCCAGUUCGGUGGUGACGAGGUUGUCCAGGCCAAGGACGGUGCUGGUUCUGCCACUUUGUCCAUGGCCCAGGCUGGUGCCAGAUUCGCCGGCUCUGUCUUGGACGGUUUGGCUGGUGAGACCGACGUUGUCGAGCCAUCUUUCGUCGACUCCCCAUUGUUCAAGGACGAGGGUGUUGACUUCUUCUCCUCCAAGGUGACCUUGGGCCCAGAGGGUGCUGAGAAGAUCCACGGUUUGGGCGAGUUGUCCGACUACGAGGAGGGCUUGAUCAAGAAGGCCAAGGAGACCUUGGUUGGCAACAUCAAGAAGGGUGUUGACUUUGUCAAGCAGAACCCAUAA